AUGCAUGAAUCAAUUUAUAAGAUUAAUAACAUGAAAGCAACUUCAUAUGUUUUUCCAAAUAGCUUAAUAUCUCCAAAUAAAUAUAACACUAUUAAUGCAAAUUAUACAGACAAUCUAAAUACUAAAAAUAGAGAUGCCUAUGAAUACAGUAAUGAUAAAUUAAAACCAAUGUAUAAUUCUAUUAGCUCUCCUGUAUACAAUGAGCAUGCGUAUAAUAACCCAAAUAUAAUAAAACCAACAACUAUAUCAAAAAAUUGUCAUAAUAAUGGAUUCCAGAAAAAUUCAAAUUGCCUAAGUUCUUUGCCGUGCUUAAGCGCAAACUGCAAAAAAAUAGAAAAUAUAAGUACAGGAAAAAAUAAUAACAAAUAUAUAGUAAAACAAGUAUAUAACCCUCCAUGUUAUUUGUACAAUAGACAAUUUAUUUUACCAAAUAAUUGUGAAAAUAUCCAUAACGACACAUCAGUAGUUCCUCAAAAUUGCGAACAAUCCACUUAUAAUAAACAUUUUGCAAAACUAAAUUCGUAUGAACACAUUCCAAAUGUAAGUCUUCAAAACAAUGAAAAUGAAAUGAGAUAUAUCCAUGAACCAUUUAAAAAAAGAGUAACAAAAGAAAACAUAUAUGAAAUGACUAGGAAAACUAAGUUAAACGAACUAAUUAAAACAAAAGAUGAUCAAAUUAAAGAGUUAGAAAAAAAUAUAGAAAAGGAAAAAUCCCUAAAUGAAUUAGAUAGCACUUUAGAAAAUCAAAAAUUAAAAGAAAGACUUUUAGAUCAAAAAAUUAAGUACGAAGAAGCUCUAAAACAUUUAAAAAAAGUAGAAGACGAAAAAAGAACAUUAAAAACAAGUCUAAAUGCUAGAGAUAAAGUAUUAACAAAACUAGAAAAUGAAAUAGGAUUAGUAGAUAAUGAAAAUAAUUUUUUGCUUAAAGUAAAAGAAAAUACGAAUUUAAAUGAGAUACAUAAUGUUUUUAAAUAUUUACAUGGUGAUGCAAAUGAAGUGAUGAUGAAAAAUUUAAAAAAAAACAAAGAGAUUGAAUAUUCAGAUGAAGAUGAAUUAGAGAAAAAAAAUUACAGAUUGUAUAAAUCCAAAAUGGGUAAGGAUAUUUUUACUGAAAAUGAAGAUAUAUUAAAUGGUGAGAAAAAUAUUUAUAAUAAUAAGAAAAAAGAAAAAAAAAUUACUAAAACUAAUAUAUUAGAUAAAAAUGAUGUGUAUCUAUUAAAAUCAACAGUGGUAGAAUUAGAAAAGGAAAUUCAUGAUUUAAAAGAGGAAAACAAAAAUGUUAAUUUUAAAUAUGAAAAUACUUUUAAAACAUUGAGUGAAUUAAGAAAAGAUACUUUAGAAUAUAUGGAAUCUAUUGUUUCUCGUGAUAUGAGAAUUGCAUAUAUGGAAAGUAUGCUGCAAAAAUGUGAAAAAGAUCUUUCAAAACUAAGAGAACAUUUUAAAAAGCAGCAAUUAAUAUAUGGAGAAAAAAUUGAUAAAUUAACUUCAGAAAUAAAAAUUUUAGAGAAGCAGUCAUCUCAUUUACAAUCUAUGAUACAAGAAAAAGACGCACAAAUAGUUUUACUAAAAAGUGAAAUAGUACGUACCGAAACAUUAAUUAAGCAAUAUGAAGAAAGAAAUAAGGAACUUCAAGCUGAACUAAGAUUAAUGUGCAAUAAUUUAGAAAAUGUAAUUGAAGCAUCAAAUAAAAAAGACUUAUUUAUGAAUGAAUUAGAACAACAAAUAAGAGAAAAUGAAGUUCAUAGGCAGCAUGCCUAUUUAAAAGAAGUAGCUAAAAAUAGGAAAAUUCAUACAGAUAUGAAAUUUAAAGAGAUUUUAUAUGAUAAAUCAGCAAAAAAAAAAAUUGAUGAAUUGCAUAGCUUACAGAAGGAAUUAUAUUUAAAUAAAAUUCAAAUACAAAAAGCAAAAGAUGCAUUUGAAGUUCUUAGAAGGGAACCCAAAGCAGAAUGUUUAAUUCAGGAUAAUAUAGAUUGUGAUUAUAGUACUGUUAAUAAUUUAUCUGAAUUUAAAAAUGAAAAAAACUCAGAAAGUAUGAUAGACGAUACAAAAAUACUAACUGAAAUUUACCCGGAAUAUAAAAAUACCAAUAAAUUACCAAAAAGAAAAAAAGACAAAAAGUGA